AAUAUGUUGUAGUUUAAAUACGCGGAUGUUGUGUCUUUGGGAAUAGUAGGCUAUAAGCAAAGAUGUGUUUCUUUUUUCAUUUAUUUGAAACUUGUGAGUUGAAUUUCAUUAAAAAUUAAUGGAAAAUUCAAUUUCAUAUUAAUAUACUCCAUAUCGAUCUUCAGAUUUAGCUUAACAUUUUUGACGCAGGUUUUACUCACGGAAGAAGAGAAAGUUAUCACACUCGCACGCAUUGUGUUUAGAUUUUAGAUCCAAUAGUUGGUCUAUUCUGAAGUCCAGUGAUUGGGGGGGGGGGUGGGUGGGGGAGCUAUUAAGUAAAUAUAAGAAUAAAUAAUAUUUAGUUACUUCGUAGGCCGCCAAGCGGGUGCUGGUGGGCCGCAUGUUGUGCAGGCCUGUGUUUACUGUGUUAGAUAAUUUAAAGAGAGCAUAACAAUGUAAAAAGCUUUACUUUUGAACUAUGCUUUAUUCUAAAAUAUAAAACUCUUAGUGUAAAAAAAUAUGUAAAAACCCACUUAAAAUUAAUUUUUCAUUUUUUUCCUUUUAUUCUCUUUUUAAAGAGUGUAUAUAUGUAUUAUGAAUUUAAAAUAUGAUUUUAUGUUAUUUAAAAAUUUUUUUUUUUUUUACAGACUCAAACUUUUUACCCAGUGAGAUUAAUACUUGUGCUCUCUUUAUUCCAAUUGUAAUUGUUGUAUUCUUUCUCAUUGUGUUGAUUCCAAGGGGCACAUGGUUAAGGUAUGUUAAUUGACAUCACAUGAAAAAAAUUCUUACACUGAACAUGAUUCUUCCCAAAAAUAAUUUAUAAUGCCCCUAUUAAAUAUGUUAUCUCCUUACAUAUUUUAAAAUUUAAACAAAUAAAAAUAAAUUAAUUAUUUAGGUAUUACCAUGACACAAACAUUUUUUUUACCAUAUUUUUUUUUUACUAUUUACCGUUAUGUCUAUAUUGUUUAACAAAUUUGUUUAUUGAAAAUUUUAUUCAAUAUAAAAAUUUAAAUUAAUUGGAAACAAAAACUUUCAAAUUAAUUUUAAAAGCUUAAUUAAACUUUAAUAAAUGGAUAUAACAUUUCUUAUAUUUUAGACAGUUGUCAUGGUAUCCUUCGACAUCAAAGAAAGAAAAAUCAGCAUUGGAUGUUAAAAAUUCCAGUCCAGAAUCUAACCAAAAUGAAGGUAGUCUGAUAUAUGUAUACACACAUGUAUUAAUUUAUACAAUUAUAUUAUUUGUUAAAAAUAAAUGUUUAUCCCACUAUUGAAGGAAAUAAUGUUUUAAAACUAAUGCCUUUUUAGUGUUCUAUUUUUCAUGAAAAACUAUCCUAUUUGAUUAAGUCAGCAUUGAAAUACAAAGCUAAAUGUUUAAAGAAAUACAUAUUUGUAUAGUCAUUCAUUAAAAAAAAAUAAUAAUUCAUUUGUAUAAGUUAAGCUAAUAAAUUAUUUUAAUUUUUCAUUAUUUAAUUUUCAGAUCAGGUCACACCUUUGCCUAAUAAAUCCAAACCUGCAAGAUUAGUAAUUCCAGAAAUAGAAGAGUGUCUUUAUUUGGGUAAAUAAGCACAUGGAGAUUAUAAUAUUAAGAACAUUCUUUCCAAAUUUGGGGUGCGAGAAGGCAAUUUAGGAGGAAUGUUGGAGGAAUGGGUAUUUGAGAACAUAAGCUUUCAAAUUAUUACAUACAUUUGUGUAUAUUUCACAAGAAUAUCUUCAUUAGCAUUUUCCUUUAUGUAAUAAAUCAAAAAAUAUUAUUUAUAAAUUCUACAUAUCACUUUGCCAUUAAAUGAAUAAAGUAGAACGUCAUUAUUUUCAACUUUUAAAUGCACUGUCACUUUUGUAGUGGGUUCCAGACUGUGUGUAAACCAUUUGUACUGGUGCAAGACCAGUCAAAUAAUUCACAGUAGGUGCAGAGGAUUAAAAAGCUUUGGAAAACUGAUCAAUAGUGUCACUGACAUUUCUUAAAAAUACCCACCUUUAAUUAAGAGUAAACAUAGAUUGAUUUAAAAAUAUGAAAAGCUUACAUUACUUGGAUGCCUUAAUUUACAUGUUUACAAAUCAUUCCACCUUUAAGCCACAUAUUUACUAGAUACGGAUUCAUAUAAUGCAGUAUGAUGCAAAACCACCUGACAAAUGUCUAACAUGUAACCAAUCAUUGUAAAAAUUAUAGUCAAAAUAGAAAACAACAGUUGCUUAUUGUAUAAAUGCCUGUUGUUAAUAUGACAGUUAAAAAGAUAAAUGAAUUCUUUAAAUUAUGUUUGGAGUUUGAUUAAGAUAAGUUGUUCUAAACUUUUGUGUCCCAUAUCAAUGGCCCACUUAUUAGUCCCCAAGAAGUUACUAAGAAUGUUUUUUUUUAAAUUUUUUUUUUUAAAAUUACAAAUAGCCCAUGGAAACCCUGAUUCAUUAACCAUUUUGGUUAAGAACCACUUUAUUAAGAUUAUAUAAAAAUUAAUCAAUGUCUUUUAAAAGUGUUUACAGAAAAAUCAAUUCAUUCCACUAUAACCCAUCAUUAGAGAGAAAGGUUUUCAAAAAUUAGUACAGAUUUAGUUCUGCUUUAAUAAUUGAUAUUAGCAAUGAAAGUAUAAAAUUAGUUGAUAAAUAUUUUGAUGAAAACAAUAAAAUAUAAAUUAAAAAAAAAAAAUUUGUAAUUAACCAAACAGUACAGCAUUUUAAUAAAUAUGGUGAUUAAAAACACAUUGUCAAUUUCAUGGAAUCUAUCCUCGAGCCUAUACUAUAAACUAAUGGUGGCAAGGCAGGGUUCUUAUCACUUUUCUUUCACUUUUUAAAACUUCUAAAAGACUUAAUAGAGAUAAAGAAUUGCAUCUAUCAUUCAUAAACAGAUAGCAAUAAGUCUUUUGUUAAGAAUUUCAUAUUGAUCAUACUGGAUGCUUAAUUUUUUUUUAAACUCUUGCUUCUCCUAACAAUAGCAAACAACAAUUUUAAAUUUUUUUAUUAUAGUUGUUCCAAGUGUAAUGAAUGUAUUUUUGUUUAAAAUACAGAUCAAGCUGACAACAUGUUUUCAAGACCCGAAAGAAUACCAAAUCUGAAAAGCAAAUAUGAAACCUGCACCAAGAAUUCUGGCCACGCUGCUUUCAUUUCUAUCAAAGAUUUCAAAAUGAGUGACUUGCCUGAUGCCUAUCAAAAGAGCGACAUUUACAAAUUCAUUAAAACUAUGGUAGAUCUCACUGUCCUCCUCACCGCCAAAUGUACCAGUAGUAAGAAUGGUGGUCAUUGUGCUGUUAAACUGGGUACUGGAUGGAUCUCUUCUGUUAUAGAGCACGAAAAUGGUCAAAUGUGCCCAUGCAUUAAAUGUACUCAGUCAUUUAAUCCCAGCUCUAGAUGGGGAGAAGUUAUUGUGUGCACUUCAAAAUAUGUGUUUUUGAAUAAUGAUGAGGCUAAAACAACAAAAUGUACGCUUUUUUAUAAUGAUUAUGAUAGCAAAUGUGUAACGAUUGAUGCUUACGCUAGAGAAGCAGUCGACAGAAAAAGCGACAUUUCCAAGUUAAAAUGUGUGACUUGCAAUGGUGAUUUGCUCAAGCAGCUAAAUACAAUCUUAAAUAAAUGGAAUCGUCUACACAAAAAGGUCAAUAGGAGUUUCUUAGACGCACGGGAAAUGAAGAAAUUAACAUGUAUAGUGUCUCACAUUCACGGGCAACCUAAGAUGAUUUCUUUAGGAAUGUGGGCCAAGAGAUGCCCGAUGGGUCACUUAAACUGUUACACCGAACUAACAAAGUACACUUACUCUAAUGCUACAUGUCCUGGCAGUGCUGGUGCUUAUGUCUAUUUACAAUGUAGAGAUAACCGUGGCUGGCUGUAUGAACAUUUCCACUGUGGGGUUGAUGCUGAUGGAAAUAAUUGUAGCGGAACUGGGAAAGAUUAUAGUUAUAAGGAAAAUGUAAAGGGAGAUUCACAUUUGCGAAGAAGAGUCUAAAACACUAUUAUGUUGUUAUGAAAUGUCAAUUAUAACUUUAUUAAUUUUUUUUUUUCAUUUGAGAAUAAUGUCUUUGUUAAUAUACCAAAUCUAUCUUUUAUAUUGAGGCUCAUUCAAUAAAAUUUUUAAAUCAUAAUAUUAAUUUAAUUAUUUAAAAUGACUUAGGCCUAUGGCACUUAUCAAAACAAUAGGCAAAUAAAAAUGCAUUGUUUCCUCCUUUUAAAAAAAAAGAAAUAUUGAAACUAAACCAAUUUUUACUACGAGUUUUGCUUUGAAUAGACAUGUUUGGCUAUGGAUUGAAAUGAACAUUUUCAAUUUGUUUCAAGUAAUAGUCAAUUUUAGUCAGUUUAAUUUAGCUCAACCUAACAUUUUUAAUGUUAUUUUGUUGUUGUUGUUUAUCAAAUGAAUAUAUAUGUUUAUUUGUUAAAGAUUGUAAUUGUUUUUUCAAGGCUAAUGUAUUACCAAAUGUUUUUUUUUAAAGUUUUUCUUCUUUGUAAUGA